UCGAAAUCAAAAUGUUCCGUUUCGUAGCUGUAUUCGCUUUGGUUAGCUGUGCCUUUGGCGCCUCCUUGCCCGAUGAAUUGGAUGGUCGCAUUGUCAAUGGUGUGGAUACCACCAUCGAGAAGCACCCCUAUCAGGUCUCCUUGCAAACCACCUCUGGCAGUCAUUUCUGUGGUGGUUCCAUCAUCAGUGAAGACAUCAUUGUGACCGCUGCCCAUUGCAUGCAAUCCUAUACCGCUUCCCAAUUCAAGGUACGUCUUGGCUCUACCGAAUACAACAAGGGUGGUGAAUUGGUAGCUGUCAAAGCCUUCAGAUAUCACGAGGGCUACAACUCCAAGACCAUGGUCAACGAUAUUGCCGUCAUCAAAUUGGCCACUCCCGUCAAGGAAUCCUCCAAGAUACGUUACAUCGCCUUGGCCGAAAAGACCCCUGCCACUGGAACUCAUGCCAUUGUCACCGGCUGGGGUACCAAGUGUUAUUUGACCUGUGUCAGCUUGCCCAAGACCUUGCAAGAAGUCGAAGUUGAUAUCGUUGAUGAGAAGGCCUGUGCUUCCAGCGAAUACAAAUAUGGUUCCGAAAUCAAGCCCACCAUGGUGUGCGCCUAUGCUGUCGACAAGGAUGCCUGCCAAGGUGACUCCGGUGGCCCAUUGGUUGCUGAAGGCAAAUUGGUCGGUGUUGUCUCCUGGGGUUAUGGCUGCGCCAGAUCUGGCUAUCCCGGUGUUUAUGCUGAUGUUCCUUCUCUCCGCACCUGGGUUGAAAAGACCGCCAAGGAAUUGUAAAUUGAAAAGUGAUGCCAAAUAAAAUUAUGAUUUAAAAAA